UUGUUUUUAUCUUUACUUCACCACAGCUCUGGUAUUCGACUCGUAACAUCCCUAAAACAAAAUGGAAGCACAGCAGCAGCAUCAGCACCCGUACUACCCGCAGUCGUCCCCGAUGCCGCACUACCAGCCGUCACAGCUCAAGAUGAGCGAGUCGCUCCUGACGGUCGGAGGCUCUGUCGUCGGCCUCAGUCUCUUCGCCGCGUUCCUUAUUGGCCGGGCCAAGACGCCGUUGACGUGCAAGGACAAGUUCGUCACCAUCUGGAUGAUGGUGUGCACUGGCAUCCACAUUGUGCUUGAGGGCUAUUUCGUGUACAACCACCGGGAGCUGGCGGGCAUGCAGACGCUGGGCGCCGACCUGUGGCGCGAGUACUCGCACUCGGACUCGCGGUACCUGACCAGCGACCCGUUCACAGUGAUCAUGGAGGGCAUCACAGCGGUCUGUGACGGGCCGUUUGCUGCCCUGACGGUCUACGGUAUCCUGACGGACUCGCCGGUGCGCUACGUGGCUCAGCUCAUCACCUCGCUGAUGCAGCUGUACGGUGACGUGCUGUACAUGCUGACGAAUGCCUUUGAGGGCUAUGCGUACACGAACCCGCACCCGUUCUACUUUUACGGGUACUUUGUUAUGAUGAACCUGCCGUGGAUCGUCAUCCCCCUGUACCUGAUCCGCGACGCGUGGCUCAACAUCUACCGCGGCAUGCUGAUUGCAAAGCGCGCCACCACUGUGGCUAAGAAGAACCAGUAAUAGGAAAAUCGAAUAAAUUUAAAAAUAAAAAGUUAG